AUGGCAGAAACUGGGUCUUCAGAAAUUAAAAGAUCUCGAAAAAGUUUGUCACUCAGUAAAAAUAAAAGACAAAAAGUGGAAGGUAAAGGAACACCAUCUAUACCUUCAGCAUCCUCCUCUAUUAUUUCCUUUUUUAACAAUGCCCCCCCCCCUGAAAUUACCUGUCCCAUGUGUGGGCAGAUGGUGCCAAGAUGCAGAAUAAAUGAGCACAUGGAUAAAACGUGUCAGACCAACCAUGGUGAGAUUGGCAUCACUGAUUCAACACUCAGCUCUUUUAGGAAUGAGAGUCCAUCAGCUGCAAAUGUGAACAGUAAAUCCAGCUCAUAUUUUUCAAAAAACCUCUUAAAUCUAGAAACAGGUCCCUCCAAAAGGAGUUCACUGAAAACAGAUGGGAGUACAGCACAACAACUUAGUCCUUACUUCAGCCGUAAUAGUUCAGUCUGUAGUGUUAACAAUGAACCACAGGCUCAAACAGUUAAAAUAGUCUCCUUGGGGAGCUUGUCAUCUAAACUGUCCAGAAGACGACGUACCCAGGGAGGGAAACAGGUCACGUAUAAAGAGACUGAGUCUUCACCUCCAGCUGUUCACAGUAUGUGCAAAAGUGCUGAAGCACAGGAUGAUGAUGAAGAGUUUUACGCUGGGAAUAGUUCUCAGAAAGAAAAUCAACUUGCUCAGGGAGAGAGCCCGGAACAUUUUAUGAAGAAGGAAUCUGAAUUUCAAGAAGAAGUAAAGAAAUGCAAGGGAGAAGACCGUAUGAAUAUUGUUCAGGUAUCGUCACCAGCUGAUAAGACUAAUGGCAAAAGAUCACCAAUCAUUACAAGGAACACCAAAACAGAAAGUAGUGCUGAAGAUGUGAUACUGGGUUCUGACAAAUUUGAAACUCAUCAAGCAGGGCUGACCCACAGUUUGGAAGUCAAGAGUCAGCCUGACACUCAGGUUGGUCCUUCUUCCAAGACAGAAGUGAAUGGUGGUGCACAAAGUUGCUUAAGCAAGAGCAACGAACAGGUACUUCCUGUGGAAGUUCAUGGAGACUUUGAAGAUGAGAUUAAUCAGACUUUGUCAGAAACUGUGGGAAGGGUGGAGUUUCAAAAUUCCAUUGGGGACAUUUUAGACAAAAUAAAUGAGGUUAUCUCUGUGCCCAGUUCUCCUGGUCACCCAUAUUACCUCCGGAAUUUUUUAGUGGUGCUGCGAGCAGUCUUGGAGAAUGAAGAUGAUAUCAGACUCUUUGAUGAGCAAGAUAUGAAAAUUAUAGCAGAGUUCUGCAAAUUAUCAGUUGGUGGGCAGAAGUUGUAUGUGAGACUUUUUCAACGCAAGCUGAACUGGUUAAAGGUGAACAAAAUAGAGUAUGGAGAGAUAAGUACGGAUUUGUCACCAAUGAUUGAAGAACUGGCUGAAGCCAAAUUUCUGCAAACAGAAUCUGAAUUGAAAGACUUGUGUGAAGGAUUGGACUUGCUUUCAGCCCCUGAGCUAAAAACACUGGCAAAGAUCUUUCAUUUGCCAAACCCAAAUGGUCAGAAACAGCAACUGGUGGAUGAUUUUCUGAGGCUAGCAAAACAACGUUCAGUCUUCAGCAGGAGUCAAGCUGGCAUUGGAACAGUGAUUUUAAAAAGGGUGAAGGACAUGGCUGGAAAAUCUGUCAGGGUCUGUAAAGGCCCUCGAGCUCUCUUCUCUCGAAUCCUGCUGCUAUUUUCCCUGCCUGAGGCAAUGGAGGAUGAAGAAGCAGGUAGUGCUGGUCAAGGCCAGCUCUCCACAGUCCUUAUGGUAAACAUGGGGCGUCUGGUAUUCCCCAGUUACACAGUAAAUAGGAAAACACAGGUCUUCCAGGACAGAGAAGAUCUUAUCAGGUAUGCAACUGCUGCUCAUCUGUCAAAUGAUAUAGCCACUGCAAUGGUAAAUGGGAACUGGGAAGAAGCUAAUAAUCUGUAUAUGUCUGCUAAAGAAACCUGGAAUGAACUGAAAAAUCACCCCUCUUUGAGCUGUCACAGAGCUUUGCCUGAGUUCCUGCGACGCUUCACAGUUGGCUGGGUGUACACAAGAAUGCUUUCUCAAGGUGUUGAAAUUCUGCAGAGACUUCACAUGUAUAAGGAGGCGGUGCAGCAGCUGAAGAGUCUUCUGUCUCAGGAUGUGUAUUGUACCGACAGCAGAGGGCGGUGGUGGGAUCGCCUGGCUCUGAAUUUACAUCAGCACUUGAAAAACACUAAGAAGGCCGUUGAGAGCAUCCUGAGGGGGCUGGCGGACCCGCGGGUGCGCACCGGGCACCGCCUCGCCCUCUACCAGCGCGCCCUGCGCAUCAGGGACUCGCCCAGCUGCAGGCAGCUUAGGUCCCUGCUUCAUCAUCUGCCAGGCAUCGCUGUGGAGGAGGUGACACAUGUUACAAUCAAAGGCAAGAUGUGUCCUCAGAUGGGAAUGGGAAAAUCUGUAUUUCUAAUGGAGGAUACUGGUAAUGAAGAAGGAGGUGAAGACUUCAGUGCAUCCACAGUCAUGUGCUCAGUUGAGGAGCUGGCAUUGACUCAUUACAGGCAGAAUGGUUUUGAUCAGGGUAUUCAUGGGGAAGGCUCAACAUUUAUUACGCUCUUUGGUAUUCUCAUGUGGGAUAUCAUUUUCAUGGAUGCCAUACCUGAUGUGUUCAGAAACUCCUAUCAGACGUCUCCCCUAGAUUUAUACACAGACAGCUUCUAUGAGAACAGGAGGGAUGUCAUUGAGGCCAGACUCCAGCAGCUGCACACAGCUUCCUCAGAGACACUGGCAAAGCUGAUGGCUGACACCUGGACAGCUCAGGAGGGAAAAGCAGCAGCUCUUGUUAGCUGGGGGCGGUUUGCUUCCCUCCAGCAAGCUCAGAGCCUUGUCUCUUGCCUGGGAGGAAUGUUUCUGAGCGGUGUUUUCAGGCGACUUUCCAAAGAUCUCCGCCACUGCCGAGGGGGCCUUCCUGACCUGGUGGUGUGGAGCACACAAACCCACCAAUUCAAGCUGGUGGAGGUGAAAGGUCCCAAGGACCGCCUGUCCCCCAAGCAGACACUGUGGCUGAGCGAGCUGAAGCAGCUGGGGGCUGAGGUGGAGGUUUGUCACGUGCAGGCGGUGGGAGGCAAGAGUCAACGCCUCAGCUGA